AUGGGCGUUUGGGGCUUUUUAGAUGGGGCCCUUCAAAUGCAUGCAGCAGCAGCUUCUGGGGCCCCAGGACCCCACAGGGGCCCCCCCCAGGGCCAUACAGAAGGGGAGGCCCAGGGGGCCCCUGGGGGCCCUUCAGGGGGGCCCCAGGGGGCCCCCCUUUUGCAGGGUCUCACCCCUGGGGCUCCUGCAGGGGGGCCCCAGGGGGACAGCGCUGUUGGGGGCCCCCAGGGGGGCCCCCAAACUCCAGGGGGCCCCCAACCUGCAGGGGCCCCCCAAGGGGGCCCCCAGGGGGACUUCCAAGGGGGCCCCCAGGGGGGCCCCCAAAGGGGCCCCCAGGGGGGCCCCCAGAAGCAGUACCCGCUGCUGCGUCAGAGGCUGCGGCAGCUUUUGGGGGUUUCUACUGAGGAGGUCGAAGGGCCCUUGCAAGGAAGUGCCAAUAAUACUACGGAAGCAGCAGCAGCAGCAGCAACAGCAGCAGCAGCAGCAACAGCAGCAGCAGCAGCAACAGCAGCAGCAAGCUGCUCUGGGUGCAUUUCUGGCGCUGAGAAGCGGCGGCGGUGGAGAUUGCAGGAAGAAAGUUUUUCAACAAUUUCGGAAAAUUUAAAAAUAAAAAAUUCAAAAAAUUCAAAAAAUUCAAAAAAUUCAAAAAAUUCAAAAACUUCAACAAAUUCCACAACUCCAACAAUAACAACAACCCCACCAUCAACAACAACCCAAUCCCCACCUGCAGCAGCAGCAGCAGCAGCAGCAGCAGCAGCAGCAAUCCCAGCAGCACAGGCAGCAUCAGCAGUCCCAGCAGCACAGGCAGCAGCAACAGCCCCAACAGCAGCAGGAGCAGCGGAAGACGCCGCAGCAGCAGCAACUGCAGCAGCAGCAGCAACGGCGGCAGCAGCAGCACCCCCACCCGCUGCAGCAGCAGCAGCAGCCCCGCGCAGCGUGGGGGAGGUGCUGGGCGCAGCGCGUUUGCUGCUGGGUCCUGCUGCUGCUGCUGCUGCUGCUGCUGCGCUGCGGCGCAGCAGACUGUGUCUGCCGAGCGAGCUGGGGGCUGGGGAAGUGUGGGGCGCUGGGGUGUACGUACACCCCGAGGGCGCAGCCCCCGAAGAAGCCUGGUGGGCGCAGCUGCGAGCAGCAGCAGCAGCAAGAACCCCACACCCCACACCUGGGAUCGGGAUCGGGAUCGGGAUCGGGAUCGCCUCCUCCGAGGACCUCCUCAGGGCCCGCCUCCUCUGGGGCGACCCGCUGGUCCAGGCCGGCAGGAAGUACCGCAACAACUGGCGGCUUCCCGUCGUGUGGCCCAAACCCUAA